GACAUACCACUACUGCUCAUUUCAACUCCCAUCAUCAUUUCUAGCUACCUAGCCAGCUCCAAUGUUGCUUCCAAAAAGCCAUUUUGUCUCGCUACUUCUCUUCAUUUUGAUGAUCUGCUGCCCCUACUGUUUUAGCACUAGUUUCCAACUUGAUCAGUUACCCUCUAAUCUAAACUAUGAUCAUUAUCAAACCCCUGCAACAUAUGAUGAUCACGGCAGUGUCUAUACUAUACCAAGAAUCCCCUUCCCCGCUGGCCAGUAUUGGAGCAGGAAGUUCAAGCCCCAGCCCAGGACCCAGAUCAAGCCAUCAGCUUAUUAUGAUCAUACCGAAAAUUUUUAUCAGCUACCCUCUAAUCUUGACUAUGAUCAUUAUCAAACCCCUGCAACAUAUGAUGACCAUGGCAGUGUCUAUACUAUCCCAAGAAUCCCCUUCCCCGCUGGCCAGUAUUGGAGCAGGAAGUUCAAGCCCCAGCCCAGGACCCAGAUCAAGCCAUCAACUUAUUAUGAUCAUACCGAAAAUUUUUAUCAGCUACCCUCUAAUCUUGACUAUGAUCAUUAUCAAACCCCUGCAACAUAUGAUGACCAUGGCAGUGUCUAUACUAUUCCAAGAAUUUCCUUCCCCGCUGGCCAGUAUUGGAGCAGGAAGUUCAAGCCCCAGCCCAGGACCCAGAGCAAGCCAUCAGCUUAUUAUGAUCAUACCAAAAAUUUUGAUCUCACGAGAUUCGAUCGAAUGGUGGCCGCAUCAAAACUGAUGAAUGUGGAUGAUUUUGGAGCUAAAGGCAGAGGAGCUGAUGAUAAUGAGAUGUUUAUGAAAGCUUGGGAGGUGGCCUGUGCUUCUGAAGAAGGAGUUGUUCUUGUUGUUCCUAAGAACAGGCAAUAUCAUCUCAAGCCAAUUACCUUUUCAGGUCCUUGCAAGUCUGACAUCACAGUGAAGAUCUAUGGAACAAUCAAAGCUUCUAAUGAUAUAUCAGACUACAAAAAAGAUAGAAGACACUGGCUACGCUUUGACAAUAUUGACAACCUCAUAGUAGAAGGUGGAGGCACCAUCAAUGGCAAUGGGAAGAUAUGGUGGCAAAACUCUUGCAAGAUUGACAAAACUAAACCGUGCCUGGUAGCGCCCACGGCUGUAUCCUUCUAUGAGUGCAAGAACCUGAAAGUGAAUGACUUGAGGACAAAAAAUGCACAGAAGAUGCAUAUUGCAUUUCAGAAAUGUGUGAAUGUAGUGGCUUCAAACCUCAUGGUAAUUGCACCAAGGGACAGCCCUAACACUGAUGGAAUUCAUGUCACUGAUACCCAAAAUAUUCAAAUAAAGAGCUGUGUCAUCAGAACAGGUGAUGACUGCAUUUCAAUAGUCAGCGGGUCAAGAAAUGUUCAAGCCGUGGACAUAACGUGUGGCCCAGGUCAUGGAAUCAGCAUUGGGAGCUUGGGAGCUGCACACUCUGGGGCCUAUGUCUCAGAUGUGAUGGUGAACAGAGCAAAGCUCACGGGAACCACUAAUGGAGUUAGAAUAAAGACUUGGCAGGGAGGAAGUGGGUAUGCCAAAAACAUCCUAUUCCAAAAUGUUGUGAUGGACAAUGUGAGCAAUCCUAUAAUCAUAGAUCAAAACUAUUGCGAUCAAGUUAAACCGUGCGCAGAGCAGAAAUCGGCGGUGCAAGUAAGCAAUGUGGUGUACACCAACAUUAAAGGGACUAGUGCUACAGAGAUGGCCAUAAAACUAAAUUGCAGUGAGAGUGUCCCUUGCAGGGGAAUUCUAUUGCAAGAUAUAAAUUUGGUGCAAGAAGCAAAAGAAGAAUCCAAAGCAUCAUGUGUGAAUGUGAAAUUGGCAAAAAGUGGUAGUGUUUUUCCACUUUGUUCUUGAGUGGGGAAAAUCAUUUGAUAGUGGUUGUGUACAUAGCUGAAUUAUUUCUAGAUGCUAUGCUGAUUUAUUGUAUUUCCAUUUGUUCUAAGAAUGAAAGAUAAACUUUUAU